UUGGGAUAAACCGAAAGGUGGGAGUGUCAGUACGAAAAAUAUAAAUAUCAUAAUUUUCUCCACAACAAGCGUAGUAGUGAUUUAGAAUAUUUACCGCUAAAAUGAAACUGAUCAUCUUGAGUUUGGCAGUCGUUGCCGUUUCUUGUGCUCCUGCUCAACCGAAUGAACCAAUCCCAAUUGUAAGGUAUGAAAAUGAAGGAGUCAACCCAGACGGAUCGUAUCAAUGGAACAUCGAAACUGGCAAUGGCAUCAGUGCUCAGGAGGUAGGGCAGGUGAAAGCUGGAGCAACCCCCGAAGAUGCUGAGUUAGAGGUAUCCGGAUCGUACGAGUACCCUAGUGAGGAUGGUUCUAAAAUCCAAAUCUCAUACAUUGCCAAUAAAGAUGGAUUCCAACCACAAGGAAGCAUCUUGCCAACACCUCCUCCAAUUCCUCCAGCGAUCCUGAGAGCUUUGGAAUGGAUCGCAGCCCAUCCAGAACCAGAAGCAAAACUACAGAAAUGAUCAGUAUUUCAAAUAUAUCGUUGUUACUUGUGAUUUGUAAAUACAUUUUUAUAUACAGUAA